AAAAAAAAUCUCUGCCUCCUGACCCAUGCAAUAUCCAAUCAUGGCGAAUCGGAAGAAAGAUGGUGGUGCUGAUUUCAAAUAUUUUGAGGCCUCAGAGACAAUAUCCCAGUUUGAUAGCGUAAAGACAUGGCUGCAGAGGAACUGCAAAAAGUACAUUCAAGCUGAACCACCAACAAAUAAAAGCCUGGCAAUAUUGGUUGCCCAGCUGAUUCAGUUUCAGGAGGAUGCAUUCGGACGUCACGUCAGCAACCCAGCACUUAGCAGGGUUCCCAUGAAAUGUUUCCAGGACCACAAACCAAAUGGUGCUUUGUGCCACAUUCUGUAUUCUGUGUACAAGUUUAAGAGUGAACAAGGAUGGAGACGUUUUGAUUUCCAGUCGCCAUCCAGGAUGGAUCGUAAUGUUGAGAUGUUCAUGAAUAUUGAGAAGACACUGGUUCAAAACAAGUGCUGGAUGCAUCCAUGUGUCUACAUUCAAGAAGACAUUGAACCCAAGCUGGCAGUGAAACUGAAAGAGAUUAUCAAACGACAUCAGGGCUCAAUAACUGAUGAUUUGGAGGAUGCAACCCACAUAGUCUACCCCCCACCUACCAGCAUGCCUGAUGAGGAGUACUUGCGACCGAUAUCAAGAAGGGACCGAAACUCACUAGUUCAUUGGAUUUACUACCCUGAUAGCUAUGAUACAUGGAUCCCAGUUUCAGAGGUUGCUGGACAUCAUCCCGAACCUGAGCCCCCUCACCCAGAUAAAUGGGAGGUGAAUGCAAAUUGGAUUCUUCAUCUGGAGGAGUUCAAUGAGUGGAUGAAUGAAGAAGACUAUGAAGUUUUAUUUGAUGAUGAAGGAAAUCCAUACUCUGACCUGGGACGUACAAGACGUAAGGCUAUUAUCGUGAAACAACAAAUAGUUGAUGAGCCAGCUCACAGUCCAGAGAUGGAGAGGAAAGAUAAGAGAGCCUUAGCAUCAAAGAAAAGACGACGAUCCCCAUCACCGCCAACUGAAGCCAGAAACAAGAAAAAGAAGCCAGGUCGCACUCCAGGAUCAACCACAAAGAAGAAGCUAAUCAAAGAUGACGCUGAUGAAGAUUUGUCAAAGGAGAUGGAUGACCCCAGUCCAGUUCCAAAUGUUGAGGAAGUCAUUCUUCCUAAGACAGUUCCUACUACCAAAUUCACAAAGGACACAGAAAACAAUCCAAUCCGAACUGGCACCAUUGCAGAUCUUGAUGAAGCCAAAGACAAGGAAUCCGAGCCAUCUGCUGAAGAGGCCAAGCCCGCCCAACCCACUGCUGUCGAGGAACCUAAGAAGGUCAUCCUUCCAGAGAUCCUGGACAACGUCACAGAGCAGACCUUCCACAUCAUUGUGCCAAGCUAUGCGGCAUGGUUUGACUACAACAGCAUCCAUGCCAUUGAAAGGAGAGCUCUGCCAGAAUUCUUCAAUUCUAAGAACAAAUCAAAGACACCUGAAACAUAUCUAGCUUACCGAAACUUUAUGGUGGACACAUAUCGUCUGAAUCCACAAGAUUAUUUGACGUUCACAGCAUGUAGACGUAAUCUGGCGGGAGAUGUGUGUGCUAUAAUGAGGGUGCAUGCAUUUCUUGAACAGUGGGGUUUAAUCAACUACCAGGUAGACAAUGAGAAUAAGCCUACGCCCAUGGGACCCUCCCCUACCCCUCAUUUCAACAUCUUUGCUGAUACACCUUCUGGUAUUCAACCAAUGCAGCCAUCAAAUAGAAACCAACAGUCAGCUGCAGAUCAGGUCCUUGUUUUGAAGGACAAUAAGAAAGAUGGUGACAGCAAUGGAAAAACAGGAAUAGAUCUUCAAACACUCGGACUGAAGACUGAUAUGUAUGCUACAAAGAAGGUCCAAGGAGCUAAGGGAAAAGCAGCUGCUGCAGUAUCCAAAGAAUGGACAGACCAGGAAACGCUUCUGCUCUUGGAAGCCCUUGAAAUGUACAAGGAUAACUGGAAUAAGGUUGCGGAUCAUGUUGAAAGCAGGACCCAGGAUGAGUGUAUCCUUCACUUCCUUCGUCUUCCGAUUGAGGAUCCCUUCUUAGAAGAUGGAGCUAGCGCUCUUGGUCCAAUGGCAUACCAACCAAUCCCAUUUAGUCAAUCUGGUAACCCGGUGAUGAGUACUGUUGCCUUCCUGGCUUCAGCUGUUGACCCACGAAUAGCUGCUGCAGCCGCAAAGGCAGCAAUAGGUAGGAUGCAAUAAAAAACAUUUUAAAAUACACAAUGACAUGGGUGUUUUUUUAAUGAUAGGGUUUGCUUUUGGUAAUUCUGGUAAAACUUAUAUACCUCAAAUAAUACCUUUGAUGGAAUGUGAAGUGGUCCAUGCUGCGUUUCAAUUUUCAUUUAAUUUAUUUAUUUAAACAACAACUGUCCAGGGACCCCAAAAGCAGCUGAGUCACUGUGACAAAAAUGUUAGGCCCUAGAAAAAUAUUCAAAUUAACCUACAUGCUUACCUUUCUAAAUCCACAUAAGGAAAAAAAAUAUAUAUACAUACAAGUUAUACACUGUCAAUUUUUAAUAAUAUAUAAUAUUAUAAAUCAAUUAGUGUAAGUAAUAUUAGGCUGUGGUCCAGGCUUUCAGUUUUUGAACUUACACUCUUACGCAAUUUUAUUACAGUCAUAUGGGCAAAUGAGGGUGCUAUCUUGUUUGAUAUGUUAACCUCAAUGUCUAAAUCCAAAAGGGUAAUCAGUAGGAAAAAGAAUAUAAAAUCUUUACUAUGAUUCAUGGGAAGAGAUUCAGUGAUUUAGAAUGGACCAUAAUUGUGCUUUUACACAAAAUUAUUAUGAAUUGGCAAUCGCAACAGCUUUGUUUGGAUCAGCAAAUUAUUCUUAGCCCGACAACUGGCGUCAGACAACGGGGGUCCAUGAUUGUCCAUGGGGGCGAAAAAUUUCCCCCGUGACCUCCGACUGGCGCCACCACAGCAGCUUUGUGUAAAUCGUAGUAUUUUUUUUGCACUGCCUGUAUUGAGUUAAAAAACUUGAAAAACAAAAUGUUUUCCUUGACAAUGACCAGACAUGUAAUACUGUUGGCAUAGAUCCUUAAAUUGGCUUGUAAUCAAUUUUAGAAUCUCAAUAUUUUAUAAUCAGCAAAUGUAUAUCUGUAGAAGAUUAUAAUUGAUUUUCUCUCCUAAAUGAGAAUCUAUUGAUUUAAUUUCCUAGCUUUUUUUUUACAUUUGUUUGCUAGAUUGUUUUUAAAUAUGUUUAAUUUAUUCAAAUUUCUUUGAAGAAGACACAAUGCCCUAGUUUUCACACUUGUGCGGAAGUGAGCAGGGGAAAAAACUAGGUAAUAAAAUCAAGUACUCACUACAACAGCUUGCAAAAAUUGCCCAAGUAACAGGCUUUAUCCUGCUAACAUUAUCAUACCUUUUCCUUCUAGACAAAUAACAGGGCAGCAAAAAUAUUACUUCACAAAAUUGAAUGAUUUCUACUGUAUUGGGGAAUUGGUCCUUGCUGAUUUGACCAUUACAUUGGGACAUGCAGUAUAAAGACCAUGCCAAUUUUGUGUGCUUUUUUUUUAAUGAUCCUGCAAACUGUCUCUUGAAUAGCUCACAUUAAAUAAAAGUUAACCCUGUUUUUGACAAUUGUUCAUGUCAAUUACAAUCAUUUAAAUGAGUUUCUGUUAAGUAUUUACCUGUUUUUAAAAAUCUGUCAUUGAUGCUAAGGACUGCUGAUUAUGAUAAAAGGAGGAUGGAAGUAAACUAUUAAAUAAAAUUAAGUGUAUGCAAGGUACUUAAGUUAACCAGGUGUGUAUUUUGAUGAAGAAAGGAAAUUUCACUUGAACUUUGACCAAACAUGGAACCCUGAGAUUUGUAACUGUACAAUUUAAUUUCUGUAACUUGUGUCCGGCAAUGCAGUGGCACUCUCUUCUGGAUAUGCUAUUGCUUGAUUCAUAUCCAGCGUAAAUGCUUAAUUUAUUCCAUUGAGCCCAAUGCCUUGAUCUGCAUUACGCAGUAUCUCCCAGGGUACGGCCAUGCUCUGUAAAUAUCGUGCUUCUGCACUAAUUGACCAGGUUCCUGGUGCAUGUAUGUUAAUUUCUUAGGAGAGAGCUUUAGCCUUUAUCUCAUUAUGUUUCAUGCAACUUCAUUGGUUGCACUGUUUUUUAAUGGCAGCCUGUUAGUUAAAGCAAAAGCAGGUAUUAUGUAAUUGUAGUAAAUUUUAGGUUGAUACUGUAUAAUUUUGUUUGGUAGAUGAAUUACUAAUCAUAAAAUUAAAAUUAAACUUUGGUCUCAACACAA